GGAAAGAAGAAGAAGAAAAGACAAGGAUCUGAUUUGCAUUUUAGAUUUUCUCCUGAUUUUAUUGUGAAAUUCUGGAUAAUUAAUGUCACGUCAUCAGAGACAUUUAGAGGGGAAACGCUUUACUAGAUCUAUUAACAACAGACAUCUGUGACAAUGGGCCCCGGCUAGAUGCUGUUUUAUUGUAACUUGUCACAGGUCAAAUUGGUUGGACACCACUGAUUUAUUCUUUCACGGUGUGAUGUGCUUUAUGAGCUUAUCAUGUGUUUUUUAACGUAAAAUCUUGUUAAAAUCUUAAUCUGGAAAGCAGCAGAUGAAAGGGUCAAAUAGUGGAGUAAGACUGUAGAGUAGCAUAAAAUGGAAGUAAUCAGGUCAAGUAGAAGUACCUCCACCUGUACUUGAGUAAACGUACUUAGUUUCUUUCCACCACUGCAAACUACAAAUUGUGAUAACGGAUGUAAAAACAGAAGAAAUCCCUGCUGUAGUGAGGGAGUGGGGUGAAGGACAAGUAGGAAAGUAACUAAGGCGUCGGUGGUGUGAGUGUUUUUGCCCGAUGUUCCCUUCUGAUGUCCGGUAGCAUUUGUGCCGUAAAAAGAGUCGAGCACCGUCAGCUGCCGCUUCUUUCCCACUGCAGGAGCCUCGACGUUGUCACUGUGCCGGUUUGUUUUCCGCCGGGCUUCUUGUCCGCGCUCGCUCGUCCUGUCGUCUCUGUCACCGACUGAGGAGCGAAAUAAAUGAACGGGUUGAACCUCAACCCCUGAAAAUGGUCUUCGUCUCCACGGCGUUCGUACGUUCACACGUGGCGACGGUUGCGUCCCCGCCACGUGCUCGGCACCACCUGCUGCAGCCAAAGCUCCUUUUGCACAACGCGGACGACGAAGUUCCAAACCACUCAACCGUCAUAUCGAGUUUUGUUUUUUUCUUCACGCGCGAUGGAAACGGUCGUCUGAAAAGUUACGGUCCGGCCUCACGUGUUCUACGAGACAUUAGCGCAGAGACUCGACGUUCCGAGCUUUUCUCCACAUCAGCAGCAGGUGCUGGGCCUCCGGAGAACCAGGGUUUUACCGAACACCUUGACCAUGUAAGGGGAACCGUGCGCGGCCGGGGGGUCCCUGAAGACCCCGCCUCAUUCGGACUUUCAUCGCAUUCCCUCUCUGCAUCCCAGACAGCUGCUGUAUUUAAACUCUCCGCUCCCGGAUCACUGGACACUCCCUGCAGAACCAGCAUCGCUGAGGGGAAGGAGAUGGCAAGCAGGAAGACAAAGAAGAAGGAAGGAGGCGCCAAAAGAGCUCAGAGAGCCUCGUCCAACGUGUUCUCCAUGUUCGAACAAACCCAGAUCCAAGAGUUCAAAGAGGCUUUCACACUGAUCGACCAAAACCGGGACGGAUUCAUCGAUAAAGAGGAUCUGAAGGACACGUACGCUUCUCUGGGUAAACUCAACGUGAAGGACAAUGAACUGGACGCCAUGCUGAAGGAAGCCGCCGGUCCCAUCAACUUCACCAUGUUCCUCAACCUGUUUGGAGAAAAGCUGCACGGCACAGACCCCGAAGACACCAUCUUAAACGCCUUCAGAAUGUUCGACCCUGACGCCAAAGGCUUCAUUCAAAAAGACGAGUUACAGAAAUUGCUGAUGACACAAGCAGACAGGUUCACAUCCGAGGAGGUGAAGCAGAUGUUUCAGUCGUCAAAUAUCGACGCCGAAGGGAACUUGGAUUACAAAUCUCUGUGCUACAUUAUCACACACGGAGAGGAGCAGGAAGAAUAAUGCGUCCGUGACCUGAAAAAUAUUUCUGCCGCACGUUGGUUGUGAUGAAGUAAAGCUCAGUGUUUGUCUUUCUUUAGGUGAAAAUAAAAAAGAAAAACUGAC